AUGUCGACCAUUCAUGAUCGCCAAUCAUCAUUCAAUGGUGCCACAAGCGCUCAGCACGUGGAGAACCAUGAUCCCGGCAGUUUACGUGUCCUUGGCUCCGUCGGUGGGCCGAAGCCUGGAACAGGUAUAACGAACAUGUUGGCAAGAAGCAGUGCGCUAUCGUUGACAUGUUCUGGGAAACUGAGACUGGAUCGAUCGUCGUCACCCCACUCGGACUCUGGUGCGAUUGAGACUAGGCCUGGUGCUGCAACUGUUCCCUUCUUCGGUAUUGAGCCUGCUAUUCUGGACCCUGUUAGUGGAAAGGAAUUAGAAGGAAGCAAUGUCGAGGGAGCUCUCGUCAUUAAGCAACCUUGGCCUUAAAUUUCCCGUUCUGCAUACAACGACCACAGCCGUUACCUGGAGACGUACAUGAAGCCAUACGCUGGAGUUUUUUUACACGGGAGACGACGCUG